GUUGAAAGUAGCUGGUGGUUUCUAAAGCUGGUCGCAGGAAUAGAGCGUUUUCUUUGACGCGCAAGUGGCGUGGCUCGGAUAAGCCGGUAGUUGAGGCGCUGAGGGAAGCUGUAGUGGGAGUGUUCGAGGAUUCACUUUGUACAUUUAAAGUUGAAGUUUGCUGCUAAAGAUGGCAGAUCCAGAUGUUGUCACUGAAGUUCCUGCAGCAUUGAAGCGGCUAGCCAAGUACGUGAUCCGGGGAUUUUAUGGCAUUGAGCAUGCUUUGGCGUUGGACAUCUUGAUCCGAAACCCCUGUGUGAAAGAGGAGGACAUGCUGGAGCUUCUCAAAUUUGAUCGGAAGCAACUUCGAUCAGUCUUGAAUAAUUUAAAGGGAGACAAGUUCAUCAAGUGCAGAAUGAGGGUGGAGACUGCUGCUGAUGGGAAAACCACUCGCCACAACUACUACUUUAUCAGUUAUCGUACUCUUGUUAAUGUGGUAAAAUAUAAAUUGGACCACAUGAGAAGGAGGAUUGAAACUGAUGAGAGAGAUUCCACCAACCGGGCUUCCUUCAAAUGUCCUGUCUGUAGUAGUACUUUUACAGACUUAGAAGCUAAUCAGCUCUUUGAUCCCAUGACAGGAACUUUCCGCUGUACCUUUUGCCAGACAGAGGUAGAAGAAGAUGAAUCAGCAAUGCCCAAAAAAGAUGCACGCACACUUUUGGCAAGAUUUAAUGAACAAAUUGAGCCCAUUUAUGCCUUGCUUCGAGAGACAGAGGAUGUAAACUUGGCCCGUGAAAUACUUGAACCAGAACCUACAGAAAUUCCAGCCCUGAAACAGAGCAAGGACCGUGCAGCAACUGCUGCUGGAGCUGCUGGCCUGGCAGGUGGGCACCACCGGGAGGCGUGGACCACCAAGGGUCCCUCCUAUGAGGACUUAUACACUCAGAAUGUUGUCAUUAACAUGGAUGACCAAGAAGAUCUUCAUCGAGCCUCACUGGAGGGGAAAUCUGCCAAAGAGAGACCUAUUUGGUUAAGAGAGAGCACUGUCCAAGGAGCAUAUAGUUCUGAAGAGAUGAAAGAAGGCGGCAUAGAUAUAGACUCAUUUCAGGAACAUGAAGAAGGCCGUGCAGGGCCAGAUGAUAAUGAGGAGGUUAUGCGAGCAUUGCUUAUUCAUGAGAAGAAGACCCCAUCUGCCCCUGCAGGUUCAGUGGGGGCGGCUGCUCCCGUGACAGCUGCCAACGGCAGUGACUCUGAGAGUGAGACCAGCGAGUCAGAUGAUGACUCUCCACCCCGUGUGGCCACUGUGGCUGCACAUCAUGGGGAAGAGGAUGAGGAAGACGAUGAAUUUGAGGAAGUAGCAGAUGACCCCGUUGUCAUGGUGGCUGGCCGUCCGUUCUCGUAUAGUGAAGUGAGCCAGAAGCCAGAGCUGGUGGCCCAAAUGACACCAGAGGAAAAGGAAGCAUACAUAGCAAUGGGACAACGCAUGUUUGAGGACCUUUUUGAGUGAGCUUUCCUUACCUUUUCCUCCUUUCUCUAAUGCUCAUUUCAAAAAGAGAUUUCUUACCUUUGAAGAAAUGUGUUUAGUGGCUUUCUGCCCCUCUUGAUGUAAAGCAACUGUUAAUCUUGUGCAAACAAUAGUGGGAGAGAAAGUUUGAUUAUUUUAUGCCAGAAACUUCCCCCACAAGGUAGGUUGGCUAUAAGCAUUCCCUUUCCUAUUACUACAGUAUUAAUAUUUUGCUGUAUUCCCUUAUCUAAUCUUUUUCCUUUCCUUUUUAAGACACAUUUUUCUCCCUUCUGAAAUGAGUGUGACAAGUCUAUAAGGUAAAUUCUUCCUGUCUGCCUGUAGAAGCCCAUUAUGAUAGGUUACAGUAAUUCACUGAUCACAUCCUUUUUAUCUGUUCUGACCAAGCAUUCCUCACAGCCCCUGAUAGUGCUGCCAACCAGGCAACUUCACAACAGGCAAGUCAUUGAUGUAGGAAAAAAAAAACUUAAAGCAUCACAUUGCCUCACUGUUGAAGAUGGAGUCAUUGUGUAAGGGGAGAUGAGAGUAUAUCUGGAAGGAGGAUGGUUAUGCCUAUGUCUCAUGAUUAAUAUCUAAACCAAAACUGGUGUCUUUAGAACUGACUUGACUGGCAGAUAUUAUUGUUUUGCUUACUGCCUUGUGGUUUGUAUAUUGGAUAAUAGAAAACAGAAAGUGUGUUUGGAAAGUCCUUAGGAAGAAAUUAGAGAAAAAAAUGUGGGCUUAGGAUAAGGAGUCCAUGUAAAGUAUUGAAGAGUCGAGAGCAUUGGGAACAGUACCCUUUAAAAUCGUCUGACUUUGUGCUGAUUUAGAAAGCUGAGACUGAUACCCUUCUUUUUCAGUUCUUCCACAGUGUUAUAAAUUGUUUAAAGAGGUCAUCGCAGCAGAAAUCAGCAUAUAACAAUUGAUUACUCCUUUGUUUUUUUCUCUCAACCUUUUUGAAGGCCUUCUUUGUCUCUUUUGAUUCUUGUCAAGCAUGGUAUUUUAGAGUGUAUCCAGUAUAUUGUUGAGCAUUGUAACCUCAAGGAAGAUAGUUUAUUUUUGAUUCUGAUAUGUAGCGUGGUAUUAUUCCUAAAGGCAGAACUUUAAAAAUUUUUCAUACAAGGGUCUACAGUUGUAUUUUUUGUAAUAUUUUCCCUUGCAUUGUCAUUUUUAGAUAUUUAUCGUUUUCUAGUACAUGUGUAAAGUUAAGAUAGAUUUUAGAGCAUCUGAGCCUUGUGUGAAGUAAUGUUUCAUUAACCUGGGUUGUAUUAAUGACUAAAUAUUGACAAUAAAUCUAUUUUAUACUGACUGAAAUUUGUUAAUUUCUAGCUCUAACAUCUUGGAGCAUAAUUAAAGUGAAUACUCUUCCCAAUGAAGAAAAAUGUUUCAGAAGUUUUUCUCUUAUUGGCAUUGUUUCAAAUAGUCAAUGCAGUUGUAUGUGAUCUAAACUUUUUUCUGGCCGUAAAUUGCCUUAAGAAUGACUUUAAGUGUGUACCUUGUGCAAAUAGGGCUAUUCAACUUUUAAACAUUGUUGUUGUUUUCUAAACAUUGAUAGUUUGGAAAGAAGUUCAGUAGUAAUCAGAUGUUAAGUUUUGAAAUGUAGUUCUAGGUGAACUGUCAGCUCUUCAUUUCAGCGAAUACUUGUUUCUUGCUUUUUUUUCUUGAUCUCACUUGCAUGUUCUUUUUCCUGAAGCUACCAUUCUAUUUUUCUUAUCUGUUAUCUAUUCUUUCAUCUCCCUCUUGGAGUCUGUGUUAUAACCUAUGACUGUGCUGAAAUUGUUCAGUUUUUUUUUUUUUAAUGUCUUAUUUCUUAUUUUCUUUAUUUCUCAACCUCUUUGGCUGCUCUUUGAGCUGUCAACCCAUCUUUUGCUUGAAACCUUUUUUGUUUGGUAUCCUAGCCAUUACACUGGCCAGGUUUCUCCUUACUUCAGGAAGCCUCCAUGCUUCCCUGGCUUCUUUACCUUGCCUCUGCACCAUCUGUACUGACUCACAGUAACCAUGGACACAAGUCUGUGUGGCAGAUUUUCACUGAAGUCUUGUAUUAUAGUAGAGGGCAAGGGGUGGUCAAUGGGAGGGAUUCAGCAUUGAGUAGUCAAGGAAUAUGAUACACAUCCUUGUCCUUAAAGAGUGUCUUUGCCAUUUUCACAUGUUUCAUCCCAAGUAGAGUGCUGUAAUAUUUCAGCUUCCUUUUUCCUUCAUCACCUUUCAUCACCUUUUUCUUUCCAAAGGCCUUGGAAAGUGAUAAAUGUAUUAGAAAAAAUAACUUAGUUUUUUAUUUUAUUCCUGUUCGAAGUAUGACCUUGAAAGAUCCUAUCAUAUCCAAAGUGGUCUAUUAAAAUGUUUCCCUAACUAAGAAACCAUUUUUCCACCCACUUUUUCCCCCUCCCCUCACUUUGCCACUUUUUUCUUCUCUCUCUGCACUAGAUAAAUAUUCCUCAUACACUUGACCAAAGUCAGGUGAUGAGUAAACAACUUUGGCCCUAGGUGAUCCAUAGCUUUGUAUCUGCUGGAAGAUUGCUUCCAAUCUAUCUGCCCUUGUAGUUGAACCCUUUUUCUCAUUUAGAUACCACUUUUUUUCCAGAAUACCUUAAGGAGCAUUAACUUUAAAUGAUUAAAAGGAAAUAUCCAAUUUGGCAUACCCUGGAAGUCAGGAGACUAGGUUCUAGUCCCAGUUAACUAGACACUUGCAGUGUGACACUAUUACCUGAUGUGAUCUUCCUGGGCUAGUUUCUCAGUUGUCAAUAAUGGGAGGAUUAUGGUAGGAUCACCAAUAUUGCUUUCUGCUCUGAUAUUUAAUGAAGGUAAGUGGUAGCUAACAUGUUUUAAAGUGAGGCUGAAUAAUAAUAACAAAAUAACAAGAAGAAGUCUUUUGAUGUGCUACAGCAAUUCAAGCCAGUUGAAGGAUAUUUUAAUGGAAGGGCUGGCGUAGGUAGCAGCUUUAGGAUUUAGAAUGUAGAAAACCAGAGCAUAAACAAUUACUAACUAGGUUUUUGUCUUCUGGUCCUGCCAAGGUACUUCAUUUCUGACCUCAAUAACUGAGGAAGAAAUAAUUGAAUAUUUCAUAACUCUUUUUGGUAUCAUUUUGAGAUAAUUAGUGAAUGGGAAUGAGAUUGGGAAGAGCAGUUCCUCUUCUUUCUACCAGUUGGCUGUUUGGCUAGAUUCCCAGCCAGUACUACAAUAGAAAAACUUAUAUGUGUAGUUUCUUGUUCUACAUAUUCCUGGGUUAAAAAAAAAAAAAAGUAGCUAGGAGAUGACAAUCAAAAAACAUAUGAAAAUCUUUAGAAUUUAUAAAUUGGUAUAAUUCUACCUUCUAUUUGUUUAGCAUUUUGUUUCCAUCGAAGCUGUUUCACAUUGUUAUCUCUGGCAGAGCUAUGCUACUAUCACUUAAAAAUUUUUCUUUUUUAAAUCUCUUGGGGAAAUGAGGAAGAUUUUCAGAAAGGAACUAGAACUGUGGCACUAAACUUACUGUCCUUUCUAUUGGCUUUUUAUAUUAUGAAAGCAAAGUAAACUGUGAAUAAGUACAGAUAUUCUUAAAACAUAUAAAGCCAAAUGGGUUGAAACGGGAAAUGCCUUGAAAUUUUGCUUCUUCCUUUGAAGAGGUAAAAAGGAAUGAACUAAUUCUAGUGGGUCCUCAAGGAAAGGAACAAGCACCUUAACCUCUCUUCAGAAAGAUCUUGCUGUCCUUCUGAGUACUAGAGGCUGCCAUUCCUAUUCCAGUUGCAAAGCAAACAGGUCUCUAACAUGACCCAGUUUCAGCACUCAACCCACAUUUCCCAUCACACGAAAGUACAUUAUCACUUACCUGUUGUAAAUAAGUCUGAGAAAUUUGUUUGGAAACAAAGGCUAGUGCCAGGUGCUAAAGUGCCUUUAAUCACAUUAAGGCAUACAGAAUAGUUGUACAAUUUGUUGUUGUUGUUACUUAAAUAUAUUAUUUAAAAAUUCAUCCAAUAAGAUAUAUAUGUAUAUAUAGUAAAAAAAUGAGAACUCUUCACCCAGCCCAUCCCUAUCUCACUUACCCCAAGAUAUCCAUUGUUGACAGUGUGUAUCAUCCCAGACCUUUUCUAGACCUUUAGAAACAACAUACUUACACUCAUACCCACAAAUACAUUGCAAUGCUUUUUAAGUGAAUACAAUCAUAUAUAAAUUGUCCAUACAUACAAUGCCAUUUGUUUUUGAAAUAUCUUGAAAAUCUUUCUAUAUCUGUAUAUUUAAAUCUGAUUCAUUUUUAAAAAUAAGGACUAGGCUGAAUUAGGUAGUGUCCAGUUUUUCACUAUUAAAGUGCUAUAAUGAAUUACCCUUAUAUAUCCUUAUUCUAUAUUUCUAUAGGAUAGGACCAUAAAAGAGAAGUAGCAAAUCAAAGGACAUGUCCAUCUUAAACUGAUAGCUCUUGCCAAAUCACUUUUCAAAAAAACUGUUGGAGAAUUUUAAGCAGGGAAACAAUUUGUAGCAUUGCUGUUGGGUUGGAGUUGAAACCUGGGGAUUAUUAAGGUGAUUUCAAUAGGCUUAGUAAUAAAGGGCUUCCCUCAUAGCUCAGAUAGUAAAGAAUAUUCCUGCAGUGCAAGAGACCCAGGUUCAAUCCCUGGGUUGGGAAGAUCCCCUGGAGAAAAGAAUGGCAACCCACUCUAGUAUUCUUGCCUGGAGAAUUCCAUGGACAGAGGAACCUGCAGGCUACAGUCCAUGGGGUCACAAAGAGUCAUGACUAAGCAACUAAAACACACACACACACACACACACACAAGUCUGUGGGGAUGGAAAGAGGGGACAGGUUUAAGAAACUUUGGAGGGGUGGCAUUAAUGUACUUGGUGACUGAAUAUGGCACUACCCUGGAUGAAGCUGUAUUCUGACUGAAUGGUUGUUCCAUUUAUCAAGAUUGGAAAUACAGGAGGGAGAGCAGAGUUUAUUCUUGUUUCAGCUCGCAUCUCAUAAAUGGCACCAUCAUUUCACCUACAUGCUCAUACCAAAAGUGUAGUAGUUGGCCAUUCUUUCUGUUUUCUAUCCCACAUCCUGUUCAUCAGCAAGUCCUGUCAGACUCAAAAUAUAAUCUAAUUUAUAUAGCCUAAGUUUGAAGGUAGAGCUGAUAGGACUUGCUAAUAAACUGAAAAUAUAUUCUAAAUCUCACCUUUUAUACUUCCACCACUACCAGCCUACCACAGGCCGUAUUAAUACCUCCCCCUACCCCCACUUAAAACACUUCAUUGACUGUUUCUUAGAAUAACAUCUAGACUAAACUCCUGACCCUUUUCUAUAGGUCCUAAGAGAUCUGGCCCCUGACUACUUUUAUGAGCACACCUAUUAUUCUUCCUGUUAACUACUCUCUAACAACAUUGACGUUCUCUGCUUUGCAAAUAUGCCAAGGUUUUUCCUGCCUUAGGUCUUUGCCCUAACUAUAUUCUCUGCAUAGAACUUUCUUUUCCAUUCUUGUCACUUUUAUUUGAUUCUCAGCUUAAAUGGCACUUUCUCAGAAAAGCCUUCUCUUAAUCUCUUCUCCCAUUCAUGGUGAUAUUUUCCUACUUUAUUUUCUUCAUAAUAACAUUGCUGUUUACAAUGAACUUGUUUAUUUUUUUAUGUCUCUCAACUCCCCCGCCACCCCCCCAAAAGACUAAGGACAGAAUACUAGCAUGUGCAAUUAAUUCUGGCACAUGAUAGGCUCUCAACAAAUGUUGAAUGGAUGAAUGGACAGAUGAAUUGGCACUAGGAGAACAUACUCUUUCUCCACCAAGGCAUAUCAUUUUGUUCCUGCCUGAAUUUUAUUUAUAUAUAUGUUCCUUAAUCAAUUAGUUAUGUUUACUGUGGUUCAUGGUACCUAGGACUGUGUCCCCAGGGUAGCAGAAUAUAGCUUCUUUGGUGCAACCAAUGAGACGCCUAGAAGCUUUAGUUCUGGGGAGCCAUUAGCUUCAAUGUUCAUGAAAAAGAGAACUUAGUAUUUUGUCUAGGACCGCCCUGUCCAAUAAGGUAGCCACUAGCCACUUGUGACAAUUGAGUACUUGAACUGUAUCUAGUCCAAAUUGAAAUGUGCUGUAAAUAGGAAACACAUACCAAAUUUUGAACUCAGUGUGGGAUUAAAGAAUGUAAAAUACCUUAUUAAUAAUUUUUAUAUUGAUUAUUUGUUGAAAAGAUAGUACCGUAGAUAUGCUAGGUUAGAGGAAAUAUGCUAUUAAAGCUAAUUUUACCUGUUUCUUUUAUUUCUUUUAUAUGGCUAUUAGAAAAUUUUGAAUUGCCUAUAUUGCUGACAUUUGUAGCUUGCAUUGUAUUUCUGUUGAACAGCACUAGUCUAGGACAUUCUCUUCAGGUGCUGGAAUUAUGUAUUGUACUUAGUGACUAUACAUCUUUCCUCGUGUGCAAGUUUUUGACCUGAAUGCUGUGCUCACGUUCCACUCCUCCCUAUCAUCUACUAGAAAGGUAGGCUUCAUUUUGUUGGUAGACUCUUUCUCUUGGGAAAAUAGUGAAUUUUGCUUUUGGUUUAAUUUUUCCCCUUUCAUGGGUGAAAAUGGUUGGGGUGAGGUGUUUUUUGUUUUGUUUUGUGUGUUUCCUGAAGUAGGAUGAAAUAUUAGGGAUAACAUUAGCAGUGGAGAUAAGGAACUGAGAAUUGUUGACUACCUAGACCAAUUUUGUGAUGUUGAAAGUGCUGCUGACUUCUGGGUAAGUGAGGAACCUGAGCAUCUGGUGAAGCCACCAUGCCAGAGACAGAGGAGCUCAGAACCAGUCCUAAAUCAGAGGAGUGGGAAGCCUAAAGUGGUGCUCUGUAUGCGUGAUCUUAACAGGCAGUGUAUGUGAGAUUGCUCAUGUGUUUAUUUCUGUCUCUCCCCUUGCUAUAGAAUGUAAGCUCCAUGAGGGCAAAGGCUUUAUCUUUCUUGCUUACUGCAGUGUUCUGUCUCAUAUCCCUGACUCAAUGCCUGGCACAUAGUAAGUACUCAUCAAUAAAUACUGAAUGAA